AUGGCCACAAAUCUCAAGAGAGAACAAAGUGACGUGCUCCAGGGACCUUCAAAACGCGCAGCGGCAACAAGAAAGCUCGAGGGUUCUCCAGAGCUUGUCACCCAGCUCUUGUUCAACUCGGAUGUGCGGGACGUGGUCCGGACACUGCUUGCACAUCCUGCCACUGGCGAGGUCACGCGGAAACAAUUGCUAGCUCAUAAGAACAGAAGCUUUCGAAUACGCGAAAGCUACGGCUAG